UGCAAACGUUCGAAGAUAUGAGCGACAGUGGAUCUUGGUCGUGGUCGCGGAUUGGCGAAUCGAUUCUCGAACAACACGUCUUUUGCUGGCGCCGCAUGGUGUGUACGGUGCCGGGGGCCAUCGGCACGACGACAGCCGUUGUCUCUCUCGCAACGCUUUUUUUCGCGCUCUUUUUACCGCAAUGGUCGUCGACGACGUCGAUCGUCAUGUUGCCGUCGCCCGUCGACCGGUCGCUGCCGUCCGCGGCGGCGAACGCGACGCUGCACGUCGGCAUCUGGGGUGCGUGCUUGGCCCUAACUUCGAACCGGUCCGACGCGACAUUGUUCGAGCCCAAUGCAAUGUACACAUGUGCAAGUCUCUUUGGCCACACGCUGGUGCAAGUCAACUGCACGUCGGGGCGGGACUUGGCCACGCGCAAGUGCACGCCGAUGGCGACGCAGACGCUGCCAACGUCGCUCUGCCGCCAAACCCGAAACUGGGCAACGCUCAAUUGGCACCAGUCGCUGCGCCCGACGGACGCGCCCGCCCGUGAUAUUCGCGCCUACCUCAACGCGACCUGCGGCAGCAUCGGCCGAGUCGUCGUCGGCACCGCCGGCCUCACGCUCACGUCGGCGUCAGCGUGCACGUUUUUGCUCUUGCUCGACAACCUCUGCUGCGUCUGCGUCUGCACGAAACGCCUCUUGCGGGGCGCGGUCGCGUGCGGCUACUGCACUGUCAUGUGGGGCGUCUUGAUGCUUUGCGCGUGGCGCACCGAAGUCGGCCACCUCCCGAACGCGUGCUUUGCCUACACGGUCUACGCAGCGAUGACGGCGCUCUGUGGGUUUGCCAUCGCAACGUACUUUACUAAAGUCCACGCCGCCCUCGUGGUGCCACGGCCCAUCAAGACGAUGCACACAAAACUCUCGCGCGGCAGCGUCUACGUCGAUACGCGCACGGGUAUGCACGUUCUCGUCCACGAGACGGUCUCCGAGCCGCCGCCGACCUACGUUUAGCAAGCUCUCCAUAAGUUGCUUGGGCAUAUACGUCGUCGUACACCGAGCACAUGUUAGCCAAGAGAUAUGGCGUCAAUGCACAAGAAAGGUAUAGAAUCACAAGGGGGAGUAGCGAAUAAGCUAAUCUUCAAUGCGUGAAUUACGUUACGCUCGA